GCUGGGAAUAACAGCAAUGUAUCAAACGUGAGAUCGUAUCAUCCAAUAACAAGUUCCUUCCUGCCCUCUUUAUGCAACUAGUGUCAUCUAGUUUCAGGAAGGGAAUGAUGAAAUGUACAGUCUCAUGCAGCUGGGCUUUAAUUGCUCUGUUGUGAGACCAGGGAGAAAUGAGAGACAACCCAAGCAACUGCCUGGCCAGAUAUUAUAAAUCCUAAUAACUCAAGGAUCUUCUAUUUCUGCUUUGCCUAUCCGGAGUGCAAAAUCAACUUAAAGAAAACAGGAAGAUGGACAGAAAUGCAUCUGGGAAGGGAAAAAUCCGGAUUUCUAAGAGCCUCUCAUCAGGUGAAAAAGAAGCUGUGGCUUAUAGAAGAGAAUCAGUGAAAAAGGGGCUUGCCAAACUUGGAAUCUCAGCUGAUGUGAACAAAAUGCCCAAUAUUGCAAUCCUGGGAUCGGGGGGAGCUCUGCGGGCAAUGAUUGCCCUUUAUGGGACACUGGUGGAGUUAAAGAAGAGCAAUAUAUUGGACUGUGUUACAUAUCUAGCUGGAGUGUCGGGUUCUACCUGGUGUAUGUCAUCCAUCUACAAAUUUGAUGACUGGCCACAGAAAAUAGAGUCCUUGGAAAAACUUCAAGUUGAUAAGCUUGCCCAAAACAAGUGGAGUGUGAAAGAGGGAACAGGAGCUGUAGCUGAUGCUGCAGAUGAAGAAAACUACUCUCUGACAGAUUUUUGGUCCUAUAUAAUUGUCCACCAGUUGCUAACAGAGUUGGAUGAGGCUGAACUUUCUACACAUAAAGUGCCUGCAGAAAGAGGGCGAGUUCCCUAUCCUAUCUAUGCGGCUGUGGACAAAAACACCUACCAUAAACAAAAUGAAGGCACCUGGUUUGAAUUUACCCCACAUGAAGUUGGAGUUCCUGGCCUAGGAGCAUAUGUAGACAUCAGAUACUUUGGGAGUGUAUUCGAAAACUGCCAACUGAAAGAAGAGAAAGAGCAGAAAAACAUCUGCUACCUGCAGGGUUUAUGGGGAAGUGCCCUUGGCAGUGAGAGAGAAAUUUAUGAGUCUAUAAAAGAUUCCUUAGGUUUAUUUCCAAACCAGGACAGAUUGAGAGAUGGAGAUGAUGAAACUUGGGAUUUUCAGGUUGUUAGCACAUUCUACCAAGCCUAUCAGUGUGUUGUGGAGCUACACUUGCGUGUAGUAGAUGGCAAAGAAGUGGAUGCACUUUUUGACCGCCUUGAAAAGCUCCUGAACACCCCCAAGACCACCAAAAGCUAUGAAAUGGUCCGAAAGAUGCGUAAGACCUGGUCUUCUUCAGAUGCAACAAAAAGAAAGAAUGACUGUAUUGGGCUGGGCAAAGCUUUGGAGUCAGAUUUUGGAGUAGUGGAAAUGAUUCUGGGCAAGCCCUUGAAAGUCAUUAAAGACAAGGUUGUGGAGAAACCUAUGGAAGUAAUUAAAGAUAACAAAGUAGUAGACACAAUUGUGAACAAGCCUAUGGAAACAAUUAAAGAUAACAAAGCAGUGGACAUGGUUAUGAACAAACCUAUGGAAACAAUUAGAGAUGGCAGUCAAGCAGUCUCUUCUGGAAGCAAAGAAGGUGAUCAGCUGACUCCAAGGGGAAAACCUCCCUCAGAAAAACCAACAGAAAAGCCAACAGAAGCAGCCAACGUUGGCCUUAAGGUCCUACGAUUUGUCAACGUGGUGAGAAAGACUUAUUCCUGCCUUUUGUCGUGGACAUGGGGGACCGUCAACAACUUCUUGUAUAAAUGCUCUUCUGUUAAUUCUCCUGCCUUGGCGGAGGAACCGGUCCUCAAUCUGAUUGAUGCUGGUUUGGCCAUAAACACUGCUUACCCACUUAUGUUGCACCCUGAGAGAAAUGUCAAGCUCUUCCUCUCUUUUGAUUUCAGCUCUGGGGAUCCUUUUGAGACCCUCAAAAAAACCAUUAACUACUGUGAAAAACUAAGAAUCCCAUUUCCCAGAAUUGAUGAAAAAGAACUGAAUGACACAGAGAAUCCAAGAGACUGCUACAUCUUCAGAGGAGAUAAUGGCGUAACGGUCAUGCAUUUCCCACUGUUCAAUGAAGUGAACUGCCCAGGAAAAAUUAAAGAAUACAGUGACCAAUUUUCCACCUUCAAGAGGAACUAUAGCCGUGAAGAAAUUGAAAAGCUCAUAAUUGCAGCCAAGACAAAUGUCAUCAACGUUAAGCAGAAGAUUGAGGAAGAGAUCAAGCGUACUAUGGGUUCACAACGUGCUUAAACAAAUCGCUUCCAAUUUAACCAUUGCUUUAAAGGCUGGUUUGUACAA